AUGUCCGAUCUGUUGACUCCCGGAUACGUCCCUGGCCAGACCCUGCCUCAUACGGUCAAGAACACCUCGGGAUACAUCGAGAAUGCCUUCCCUGGCAAGGAGGACCAGAUGAUCCAGGUCACCGAGUACCUUUCCGAGAAGGCCUUCAUCCCUGCCGCCCUUGCCCAAAACGAAGUCUCUUGGUUCUACGGAAACUUGGGAAUUGACGAUAUGUACUUCGCGUCCGAGUCGGUCGAAUCGAUCGCCAACCACAUCAUGGCCCUCUACGGAGCCAAGAUCUUUGCCUACACCAAGAACGACAAUGGACUCGACAUCAACCUGGAGCGUGAGACUGAGGAGGGCGCCGUCUACAUUCAUACCUCCCGCCCCGGAGUCUCGCAGCUUUAUGGGCCUCAGCACGAAAAGAGGAUUGACUCCAAGUACCUCGAUGUCAGCAAUACAGAGCGCGCCUAUCGUCUCGAGUCCUACCGCUCCAAGGGAACCGUCUCUUCAUCGUCCUCGACCCAGCUUCGUACCUAUUUUGUCCGCGAGUGCUCCUUCGUCAACCCCGCCCCCACCAAGGAGCAGGAGACCGACAUCCGUGAGACCGCCGACAAGUCCUUCCUCGAGAAGGCCACCGACAACACCCUCGAGAUCUACGCGGGUGUCAUGAAGACCGCCCUGAGCAGGACCGGCCCCGUCAUCGAAAUGUUUGAGGUCGAAGGCUCCCGCGAGCGCCGUCUCGUCAUUGCAUACAAGCAGCAGACCACACAAUCUUUCUUCUCGGCCAUCUCGGAUUUGUAUCAUUACUACGACCUCUACUCGACCCGCAAGUACGUCGAGCAGUUCUCGAACGGCGUCACGAUUGUUUCGCUCUACUUGAACCAGAUCCCCAAGUCAACCGCCCCUCCAAUUGAGCACUCGAUCCACCAGAUCAUCAAGGAGGCCUCGCUCAUCUACUGCUUGCCCACCACGCCCCUCCAGUCGUUCUUUCAGACCAACAAGCUGUCCGUCCAGGAGUCGAUCUAUGGUUACAUUGGAUGGAUCUUUGCCCAGCAUUUCCUCAACCGUCUUGGAUCCGAGUACUCGUCCUUGGUCAACAUCCUGGACCAGAACAACUCGGCCCAUCAGGAUGUGCUUACCAAGAUGAAGAAACGUCUCCGUACCGAUACCUUCACUCGUGAUUAUGUUCUCGAGAUCAUCAAGAUGUACCCCGAGCUGGUCAAGUUACUCUACAUCAACUUCGCCAUGAUCCACUAUGUCAACCCUGCCAUCAAUUCGCUCAAGCCCACCCUUUCCUACCAGCGUCUCCGCACCGACACUAUCUUGACCGAGGAGGAGCUGUACGAGAAGAUCAGGCGCACGACCUCUAACUCGCACGAGCUCAUGGUCUUUGAGUCCUUCCUCAUCUUCAACAAGCAUGUUCUCAAAACUAACUUUUAUCAACCCACCAAGGUUGCCCUCUCCUUCCGCAUGGAUCCCAGUUUCUUGCCCGAGAUCGAGUACCCUACCAAGCUCUUUGGAAUGUUCCUCGUCAUUGGAUCAGAGUUCCGUGGCUUCCACUUGCGAUUCCGAGAUGUUGCUCGUGGCGGUAUCCGUAUCAUUCGCUCCCGUAAUCGUGAGGCGUACUCGAUCAACUUGCGCUCGCUCUUUGACGAGAACUAUGCCCUCGCCGCGACUCAGCAGCGCAAGAACAAGGAUAUUCCCGAGGGCGGUUCCAAGGGUACGAUUCUUUUGGACGUCAACCAGCAGGACAAGCCUUUGGUCGCCUUUGAGAAGUACGUUGACGCCAUUUUGGACUUGUUGAUUCUUGGACAGACCCCCGGAAUCAAGGAGCGUAUUGUGGACCUGUACAAGACACCCGAGAUUCUGUUCUUUGGUCCUGAUGAGGGAACUGCUGACUACAUGGACUGGGCUUCGGCUCACGCCCGUGAGCGCGGCGCGUCGUUCUGGAAGGCUUUCACAACCGGCAAGUCUCAGUCUUUGGGAGGUAUUCCCCACGACCUCUACGGAAUGACCACCCGCUCGGUCCACCAGUAUGUCUUGGGUAUCUACCGAAAGCUCGGACUCAAGGAGGAGAACUGCACCAAGCUCCAGACUGGAGGACCCGAUGGCGAUUUGGGAUCUAACGAAAUCAAGAUUUCCAAGGACAAGACCUGCGGUAUUGUCGAUGGAUCGGGAGUGCUGUACGAUGCAGAGGGCAUUGACCGUGCUGAGCUGACUCGCCUGGCCGAGAACCGUCUGAUGAUCUCGAACUUUGAUGUCUCCAAGCUGUCGCUCAAGGGAUUCCGUGUUCUUGUGGAUGAGGCCAAUAUCAAGCUGCCCUCGGGAGAGGUCAUUGAUGACGGUCUUUCGUUCCGUAACAACUUCCACUUGAACCCCAUGGUCCAGUGCCAGGUCUUUGUCCCCUGCGGUGGUCGUCCCGAGUCGGUUGAUCUUCAGAAUGUCGGGCGUCUUUUGGACCACGAGAACCACCCCCGGUUCAAGUACAUUGUCGAGGGCGCCAACUUGUUCUUCACCCAGGAGGCACGUCUGCGUCUGGAGCGUGCUGGAGCGAUUGUGUUCAAGGAUGCCUCAGCCAACAAGGGAGGAGUCACGUCGUCGUCGCUGGAGGUCUUGGCUGCCUUGUCCUUUGAUGAUGAGGAGUUUGCCGAGCACAUGCAGGUGACUGAGGACCAUAUCCCGGCCUUUUACCAGGAUUACGUCAAGGAGGUGCAGGUGAUCAUUGAGCGCAACGCCCAGUUGGAGUUUGAUGCCCUGUGGAAAGAGCACCAGCGCACGCGUACACCCCGGUCGAUCUUGUCGGACGAUCUCUCAUUGGCGAUUGUCAAGCUGAACGAGAACCUGCAGCACACCUCGCUGUGGGACAAUGUUGCGCUCCGCAAGGUUGUGUUGGAGGAGGCGUUCCCUAACCUGUUGUUGAAGCAGGUUGGGCUGGACACGUUGAUGAAGCGCGUUCCUGAGAACUAUGUGCGUGCCAUCUUUGGAUCGUACCUGGCCUCGCGCUUUGUGUACAAGUACGGAACGGAGCCCAGUCAGUUUGCCUUCUUUGAGUUCAUGAGCCCUUACUUCAGCAAGAUCCAAUAA